AUGGUUUCGGCAAAUAUCACCGCAGUGCUAUCCUCCUACAUCACGGCGCUCCAUAUUCUCCAUAACCGUGGGGUCCUCGAUGGGUACGGCCAUGUUUCUGUUAGAAACCCUGCCAACUCGUCGAACUUCUUCAUGAUGCACCAACUAGCACCAGCAUUGGUCUCCAAGCGCAAUGAUAUUGGCGAGUAUCGUGUAAGCGACGCUGAGUCGGUCGACUCGAGCAUCCCAGCGGGGCCCAUGGAACGAUUCAUUCACAAUGAGCUUCUGAAACAAUACCCGGAUCUGAAUGUGGUACUCCAUGGGCAUCCGAGUGCAUUGGUUUCUUAUGGCAUCAGCCAUGUUCCUCUCAGAGCGGUCAACCAUAUGACUCCUUUCCUAGGAACAAACGUGCCUGUCUUUGACAUCACCAAACACUACCUUCCUAACGAUAAGCAAGACUUUCUGGUACGCAACCAGCGCCAGGGAGCUGCGCUAGCUGACCAGUUCGGCUCCUCAACUCGUCAAGAUUAUUCUUCCGUGGAUGAAACUGCAACUGGGAGCAGCCGUUACCCAUCACACAACCUUAUCUUGAUGAGAUCACACGGGUUUACCGCGGUAGCAAAGGACAUCAAGGUGGUCACUUUCAAGGGCGACUACGCGGUAGUCAACGCUGAGAUCCAGUCUGAGGCUCUGAAACUCCACCAGGCCUACGCAGGCAUGAAUUAUGGGGCCGGCAAGGACGGUCUGACAUAUCUCAAUGAGGGGCAAGUUCAGGAUAGCUGGGAAACCGAGAUCGAACUCGUGGGCAAGACUUGGGAUUUGUGGGAGCGGGAGGUGAAACUUAAUCCGUUGUACGUGAACGAGCUCGACUCGGGGAAAUAG